AUAGUAGAAUAACAAUCAAGGUAAAAAUCAAAAACGAAGACUCAAAAUUACAACGGUAACAUACACUUUCAUGGUCAAAAUUUCCACUUCGCCAAUUCUAAUCGAUUGGAUUCAAGGCUGAUAAGAAAUCAACUGAUUUCUCAGUGACUUUUUCCGGAUCUUCUGUAGUUCAACAGUUUUAUUUCUAGUAGAAUUGCUACCAGUUAUUCUAUACGAUCAUCGUUUAUUUCGUCACUUCCUCUAAUUGCAAGAUGAUUUAAAUUUUCAUAACAGUUUCUGUAAGAAUGGCUAUGUAAUGCAUUCGGCAAGUGCCUUGAAAUAAAAAACAGAUAAAAAUGAUUCUGAUUGCAAAAGAAUCUCGAUACUCACGUAAUGUUUUGUAAUCACCAAAUCUCUUAAAUAGUAGUUCUUUAGAUAGAUAUUAGCAUAGCGAUCACCAUUUGAACAACUCAUAAAAGCGUUUUCCAAAGAUGUACAAAAGUUCAUCAAAUGAAAUCCGUAAACGCAAAUUCCAUUGGUCUGAAGCAAAUUCAAGAAUCUUGAGAUUGCAUAGAUUUGGACCAACAUUAAGAACUUGUUCCUCUUUAAAAAUAGUUUUGUAUUAAUCUAGAUCACUUAUUCAGCAUCAAUAAUUUACCAUAGAACAUGAAGCUGAGUCGCUCUAAAUUCGGAAAAAUGUUCAAUGUAUUCAGGAAGAUAUUGAAAAAAAACUUCCCUUUAAAGUGAAUUACUAAGUGCUAAGUAUAAUACAGCCAAAGACUAAGUUUGCAACCAUUUUUUAAAUCACUCACGCAGUUAACGAUAAUCAAGUAAAGAUAACUUUUGAUAUCUAAUCAGUUGACCUUUUUAAGACCACAUCACUUGAAUUAGUCGACAAACUUAUUAUCAUAUCUCUGGAUUAACUUUAUCUCUCAUUGAUUAUAUUCAACUGCGUGAAGUAUUUAAAAAGUGGUUGCCAACUUUAAGUCUUUGACUGUACAAUUAGAUUAAAAAUAUCUUAAUUAAAAAGUAUUUACAUUUCCUAUUAAAAGUCGCAAGAAAUCUAAUUGACAAACAACUUUUCUUGAAGCGAUGGUCAAUGAGCGACCACGUGAGACGCCACCCCUACGGAGUGACUAGCUUAUUACUCUUUGGCGAAAAAAGUCAGCUGAGAGUGUAAAUUGUGAGCUACCGGACUUAUCUUGGGCCUUAUCCAAAAGUAAAGUAUCACCACAACACUAUUUUAAUUGUUCAGUGAAUUAUAAAUAUGUUAUUAAACGAUUUACCUGAUGAUUGUCUCUGGUUGAUCUUCGACAACUUCUUCAGAUUAGAAGAGUUGAUCGAAUUGUCUAAAGUUUGUUCAAAAUGGUCCAAUUUGAUUGAUAUAAGAUUGAAAAAAGUUAAAUAUCUUCUCAUCGAAUGGAAAGUUACUCAUUUGGAUUAUUCAAAAGUAUGGAUGGAGGAUCCAGAAACUUUCAAACCAUGGAGAUCAUCAAAUUAUGGACCAAUUGUUGACAAUAAUCCGAAAAUAAAAGGACUGGUUGGAAUAGAUUCUAAAUAUAUCAUCGAUUUGAAAAUGAUCAGUAUGGUCUCAAUAGAUCAAUUUUAUUAUGAGCAAGAGUAUAAAAAACUCUUUCGCCCUAAUCAGUUGAAACAAAUUCGUUAUAAUGAAGAUUUCCUGCUGAAAGAUCUUUCUGAACUCGUCAAAUACUUCCCUGAUUUGAAGCGACUCAACAUUUGGCUUGAAGGGCAAAAAGAUCGUUAUAAUGGUCCAAAUUUAUCCAAUCUGAAGAUCUUUGAGUUUUCUGGAUGCUGGGAUUCUUUCUGUCCCGCAUUUCAUGUGAUGGACUUUUGUCCAUCUUUGGAAAGUGCUUACAUUCAGGGACAAUCAGAUGAUGAGUUUACCAACAUGGCACGGAAGAACUACAAUCUAAGGGAUUUAGUAAUUGAAACAGUAGGGAGUGAACUCAUGACAAACUACAUAUCAUGGCCAUUUUUACGAAGACUGUUGUCCAAAUAUCCAAAUUUGCAUAAUCUUGCGAUUAGAGGAAGUGGCGAAAUAAAUGAUAGUCGUCUUGAAGAGUUGGUUGCGAUUCUACCAGAAAUAAAACUUUUGGACUUCAGAAGAUCCAAAGGAGUGACUUCAAAAUCAGCUGAUUUCUUGUCUAAAUUCUGUCUCAAAUAUGAUCGAUCAAUCAAAAUUUAUUAUGAUUGUAAAAAGCAACAAACUGACUGGCCUAAAUUAGACUCGCAUCGAGAAUCAAUUGUCUACGGAUUCGAUUUCAUGGAACAUUGUUUUUAUAAAACUUUUUUCGCUCUUCCAGAUCUAAUUGAUGAAUGAACUCUAAUGCUACAGGCUCAUUUUACAUUGAUACUUAGUAUCACGUGAUUUAAUUAUUGUAUCAUCUUUUAUAAUUUAGCAAGGGAAAAAAUCACAAUAAACACUUAUAUGACCUUA